AUGAACAGUCGCAGUGUGCGCGUGUUCACAGUGGCGAGCGAGUCGCGCUACGUAGUGGUGCGCAAUGUCCCGGCGCUCGGUGUGAUUGAAGACCUGCUCCAGAGGCUCCGUCUGUACGGAAAGGUCUGCGAGUACCGUCUGCUCGAUCAUGCAGACGACCGACAAGCAGCACUGGGGGUCGAGGGAAACGACGACGACGACGACGACGACGAGUUUGCGGAUACGGUGUGGGUGCAAUAUGAGACGGUGAACAAUGCGCGACACGCGAAAGCGCGCGGCGUCCAGAAGCUGUUCUUCGGCAGUCGACUGCAGAUCUCGUACGCGCCUCACUUCGAGACGCUCGAGGACACGAUGGACAAACUAGCGCGGCGACGGCAGUUGCUUCUGUGUCGUGGCAAUCGUAGUGCAAAUUGGAGACCGACAGCAGCGCUACGCGACGGUGCGAGGCAGCAUUCGUGCAAUCCACCAUUACCACCUCCUCUUCCGCCUAUCGUAGCUCAAGACAAGGCUGAGUUCAUCGGUCCACACCUGCCUUCUAGACCUCCGCCGCAGUCUACACUGGAUGGGUCACGACCGCCAACACCGCAGCAUCUGCAGUCGAAGCGAGUCGCACUUGCGAUGACAAACCAGCACCGGGACACGAAACGGCGUCGUAUAUAA